GACGAAAGAGCGUUCGGAAACCAUCCGAAAGUCCUAACGCAUAGAUACACCAACGACGAUUACCCUCGAGCGUUGGUCCUUUGUUUCUGAACGCACGGAACAAGAGAAUAAUCGACUUCUCACGAUCGACUCCUCACACGUCACACGUACCGUAGACAUCUGUCUGCGGGUCCUAGAUAUCACAGCAACUGCGUUAAUUUAUUUAUUUUCAUGAAAAAGUUGUAACUGGUGGUGAGAUAAUGUCGGGGAGAAAGAGAUCGCAGAGUAAAAUAACUGAUGUGAUGAAAGAGGAGUUGUUGAAGUGGCUGUGCAUCCAGCAUGCUACCAAUGGACUCCUGGACCGGGAUAUCCUGAGACAAAAGGCUAAUGAGCUCGUCAGGCAUUUUGAGCUGACGUCCUUCAAAUGCUCGGAGUCCUGGCUAACGCUCUUCCUGAAGCGUUACCACUUCACGACGAACCUCUGCGAGGGUAUUGGUCCGAUAUUCGACGAUUACCAGACCUGGAUAUCGAUGAUCCGUGGCCUGAUAAACCAGUACAGCUACGAGGACCAGUACCACCUGGACGAAUUGACAAUGUACACAGAUUUCCUCCCCUCCUCCCAGCUGGAGACUGACGAGGUCCCAGAUGCCCCAGUAGACAUGUCAACCCUAAAGCUGCAGCUAACGACCCCAGCGAUGCAUCAAACGACGAUGCUCCUGGUUUGCAACGCCACAGCCACUCAGAAGCAGAAGCCCCUGGUCUGUGGCCCCUAUCCAGCUCAGGACAACGAGACUUACACGUACAUUCAGAACGAAUUAUCAAGAAUUUCCGACGAGAUUCUCAGUGCCUAUCUCUUCAUGUUGAAUCGCAGAAUAGCUGAGAGCAAUCGUGUGAUUAUUCUCUUCAUGAAUCGCAACCGAAUAAAUGUCCUUAAGCUGGUGCGUCUGACUCACAUUCUUCCUGUCUUUCUCCCCUAUCGUUUCCCAUCACACCUCAAGCCUCUCCGCCAGGACGUCAUGCACUCCAUCAAAAUGGUCUAUCGUAAAUCCUACGUCUCGAGGCUGUGCUCACCCGAAGCUCAACACUGGACACCGCAAGAAAUUUCUGAGACCCUCGUGAACGCGUGGCUUCAACUCCCCCGAGAGACAAUAAUCGUCAGAUUCCAGAGAACUAAAUUCAGGGAUGACGACCCCUUCACGGAUUUCCAGUACCCAGAGUGGGACGGACUGCAGACUGGGGUGACCUUUGAGAGGUUCGUCACGUUUGACGAUCAUCUGGGGGAAAGUGUGGGGCCCCUGAGAGACGACUUCAGGUUUUUAACGAAUGUCAAGCACAAGUUCAAUCUCAAACCCACGAGAAAGCCUGCAGAAGGUCAACAGGGUUCUGAGGGUCAGGGGACUUCGGGGGCACCUGAAAGUCAGAGGAGAUUAGUUGGUGAUACUGAUCACGUCGAGGGGCAGGAGGAGGCAAGAGCUUUUGUGCAGACGUCUGUUGUACAGAAGAAGGUACAGACUGGCGAGGGAAUUCCUGCAGAAGGUGGAGUUAUCGAUCCUCAGGGAGAUUCUGAUGUUCAGGUGAAAGAAGCUGUGAAGGUGACAGUGAUAGAUACCAUUGACACACCCCAGGAGACCUUUCAGAGCUGUGAUAAUCCUUCGCCAAGUACUGGACAAAUUGAUACGUCCAUCAACUGUCUGUCUUCAGAAAGUUUCUUGAAUCAAACUGAUGAUAUCCCUCCAGUCAAAAAGCUAUUCACCGAGAACGACGUGAACGAUUCGUGUCUGGUGGCAGCUAGUGAAUCCCUCGUCCAAUCCGAAGACACAAUGAGCCUCAACAGUAUGUCCAGGGGUGAGUCAAUGAUGACUGAAGAGUUCGACUCGACUUUCGACAAUUCUCUCAUCCCCGAAGACAAACCGGAAGGUGUGAUUACAACAGUCAGCCGUAGUGACGACUCCUUCAUCGAUUCUGGGGUGGCUGAUUCGUCAGGGGGAGCUCAGAUAAACGAAGUGAGUGGUUCUUCAUCAAUGGAAGUAGAACUCUCCUCAAGCUCUCCCACAACUACUAGACCAUCAAUGAACAUUUCGUGCACCGGUUCGUCCGUGAAAGGUGACGAAGAAACGAAGAAAAAUAGAGGGGACGCGUCAGCUCCUGUUCUCACACCUCUCGUUAACGUACUAGCAACUGAAUUCAUAAAUAAUCAAUCCAAGGAGACUUCGGAUCUUGUACUCGACACUUCAGACGAAGGGAGAAUACUCACUGCCAAACAUUUCGUUGAUGAACGAAUUAAAUAUUACGUUUCAACCGUUCAUGAAGAUCAAGAUGAUUCAGAGGAUAAUGAUUUUAAUGAGGAUGUACCAUCUGGAGGGUUGGAGACCGAGGAAUCAAUGGAGGUUGUUGGUAAAGUAUCAGAGGAUUCACAGGUAGAGGAUAAGGCAGAUAUCUCAGAAAGCAAUCCUGCAGGACCACUGGAUGCUGGAAACCAGUCCAAUGGCAUGGGCAACGUAUUGACCGAUGAUUCCACUGAGGAAGAAGCCCCAUGUCUCACUCAAAUCGCCGAUAAGGCAGGUAUUCCCAUGGAGAUAACCCCCAACAACUUCUCUUCUCUUGAUAACGCGGUCCUGCAGUCGGAAGAUCGAUCCCUGAAGGCUUCGAAGAUCACUACCAUCGAGACAAUAGCAAAAUCAGAGGCACAUGAGAAUUAUCCUGAGGGCCUCUCCCAGAUGAGGGCGUUGACGACGACCCCUGUUGUGCAGGAUCAGUAUGAUUUGGAGAAGACGAAUUACUCGGAGUUUGCCCUGCAGGAGGCCUCCAGGGAGCUCGAGGAGAAGCUCAGGGAUCUGGAGGCCAGUGAUACCUCCAGGAAGAUCCGCUUUUUCGAUGAUGAGGACAGCUCGAGGUCCAGCAAGCAGAGCAUCGAGACGGCUUCGCUUCUGCGGGAUCUUCUGAAUGAGGCUAAAGGGCUUAGUGAGGCUACUGGGUUUUCCGAGGGUAAGUUCCUCGUGAGGGAGACCGAGGCCAGCCAUUGUUACAAAGCCGUGAAGAGGCGGAGGGACGAGCGAGACGAAGAAGAGCCUCACAAGAAAAAGCAGAUGCAGGAGAACUGGGCCAAGUGUUUUGAGAAUUUUCCAGUUUUUGGACCAUACAAUUUUGAAGAGGGAAACGAUAAAAGGGAGAAUUUUGAAGUGGAGGUGUCGGCGGAGAUUGAGGUAAAGAGUGAGGAGACCUGUGGCUUCCGGUGCACUGAGGAGACCCCUGGACCCUCGUGCUCGUACAAGAAGUUUUGAGGGGCUGCAAGGCUCUCUUGCUCAAGCAGAAUUGAGGAGGAAAGUACAAAGUUUAUAUUUUUUUGUUCUUUUUGUUUUUUGGUUUGGAUAUUAAGUUUGGUACGUUGAAUGUUUCUCACGAGUUAUUGAAUGUUAUUGGAAUUGAAAAUUCAAAGGGAGUUUCGGAGGGAGUGGAAUACUUCGUCC